GAUGUUUCAGAAUGGGGAACUAGGAUCCGGCUGCCAGGUCGUCCUGAGUGUAGCAAGAGGCAACAUGACUUAGCAGGCUCUGCCCACAGGUGCACCAGCCAUGAUGCAGCCGCCGCGAGUGGAGACUGACACCAUCGGGGCUGGCGAGGGCCCGCAGCCGGCGGUGCCCUGGUCAGCCUGGGUCACCCGGCAGUGCUGGGUGCACUGGUGUGCAUGCCAUGUGCCCCGGAGCUGGGUACAGUGGUGGUCCACAUCAGGCUGGCGGCGACCACUGCAGCGUGUGCUGUGGGGUCUGGAGGGCAUCCUUUACCUGCUGCUGGCACUGAUGCUGUGCCAUGCACUGUUCACCACUGGCUCCCACCUGCUGAGCUCCCUGUGGCCUGUGGUGGCCGCUGCGUGGAGCCAUCUGCUGCCGGCCAUCCUCCUGCUGCUGCUCAGUGCCCUGCCUGCCCUGCUCUUCACAGCAUCUUUCCUGCUGCUUUUCUCCACACUGCUGAGCCUUGUGGGCCUCAUCACCUCCAUGACUCACCCAGGCUACACUCAGGACUUAGACCAAUAGAAGGGCAACCCCA